AUGAACGUGGAAGCCAAGAACGGCUCCCCAACUCCAGCAGACCCAAGUGGCGGGGAUCGCGACUCGGUCGAUACCACCGACCACCUGGAAACGAUGGACUCAAUCAAGCAGAAAACCAACGGUGACGGUCACAAACCCGAAAAUGGUCGUAAAUCUGUGAACGCGAAGGAUCCCUCCCGACCGCGCCGGAAGAAGGCCCGACGAGCAUGCUUUGCAUGCCAGCGAGCUCAUUUGACUUGCGGUGAUGAGCGGCCAUGCCAACGUUGUAUCAAGCGCGGUCUGCAGGAUGCAUGCCACGAUGGCGUUCGCAAGAAGGCCAAAUAUCUCCACGACGCUCCCGAUGGAGCAUUGAUGCCCGGUGUCGGUGGAACCUUUUAUAACAACAGCAACGGAAUACGCAAUGGGUUGCCAGUCUCCAGAAACGGUGCCAGCUCGAAUACACCGCAGCAGCCGCCGUCGUCAACCACUAGAAACAGCCUUGAGUCAGAGCCCUUUACCACCCAGUCUCCUGUUUCCCCAACCUUCAAUCUCAAGACCGGCGUUAAUGGUCGGAAUCCGAGUUUAUCGUCAACCGUGAACCAGCAGCCGACCACCAAUGCUGCUCUUUCGGGAGAUACAACCAACCCACAGAAUCCCUUUGCGGGGCCUUUUUUUGAUCCCAGCGAUCCGGCAUUAUUCAAUUUCGACCUGUCAAGCAUGAACUUUGAAAAUCGCUAUGGUGCUCUAGAAUUCGGGAUGCUGGGUCAUAUGGCUACCGGGGCUGGGGACUCGCCCACCGACUCAGCAACACAGCGAGGGUCGAUCGGCCGCAGUGGGUCUGCUCAAUUCUCCACGCCAGCUCCUGGUUUUGGCGAAAGUCCGGGGAAUCAACCGCCGUUUAUGUUCGGCGAUCCUUUGCUGAAUGAAUGGUCGACUGGGCAAGCCUCGGGUCAAACGCAUGUGAACGUGAGCGGUGUAUAUGGCCAGAAUGGCAUGUUGCCCGGACACAUGAAAGCAGACGCGCCGCAUGCCUUUGCAAUUGAGAGCGGGCCUGCCAACUUUACUAGCCCUGGAUCGGCAACCAGUCCACAUGUCACGGUCGCAGGAUUGGAGGAUUCCCCUUAUAACAAUGUGUCCAAGUCGAAUAAUAACCUUGCGCCGAAUAGCCAGCGACCGUUGAUCACGACGCCAAACUUGAAACAUCGUGAUCUGCAGGUGGGCCCCAAGCGACGUCAUCGCAACCCAUCGUCGAUCUAUGAGAGCGUGAAGGAGCCGUAUGCAUAUACCAGCGGAUUCCAUAAUCUUACGGCCUUCAUCCAGCGUCGUUUUACGCCCCAAAAGACCGUGCGGAUUGCCAAAGCGCUGGCAUCUAUCCGGCCAUCUUUUAUUGCGACCACCAAGACACUGAACCGUGAUGACCUUAUCUUCAUGGAGAAAUGCUUCCAACGGACACUUUGGGAGUAUGAGGACUUUAUCAAUGCCUGCGGGACUCCGACAAUUGUUUGUCGACGCACAGGCGAGAUUGCCGCUGUGGGUAAGGAAUUCAGCAUCCUGACUGGGUGGAAGAAGGAUGUCCUCCUCGGCAAAGAGCCGAAUCUCAAUGUUAACACCGGUGGAACAUCGGCGCCGCAAUCUGGCACGACCUCACGUGGCAGCUUCACCCCACGCAGCUCAACUCUUGAGAAUGCCAACAGCGGCCGCCCACAACCAGUUUUUCUUGCAGAGUUACUUGACGAUGAGAGUGUAGUAGAGUUUUAUGAAGACUUUGCCCGCUUGGCGUUUGGCGAUUCUCGCGGCAGUGUUAUGACUCGGUGCAAACUGCUCAAAUAUAAGACCAAGGAGGACAUGGAGGGAGCGCAGUCCGAUGAGAACGGAAAGUGGAACAACCAUCUGCGCAAAGGCGGCAUUGCUGGAGAGGCCGGAAUGAAUCAACUCGGAUUCAAGGAUGGCAAGGUCGAAUGCGCGUACUGCUGGACAGUCAAGCGAGAUGUGUUCGACAUUCCUAUGCUUAUUGUGAUGAACUUCUUACCAUGCAUUUGA